AUGAGCAGUCAUACUUACCGAGAUAAGCAGUUUUUGGAUUUUCCAUUUUCUAAAUUCUAUGGGCAAGCGGACUUUGAUGAAAUAAAAAAGUUUUUUUGGUAUACAGGGCUCCCCGUUUACCCAUAUUAUACUUAUACGCAGACAAAAGUUGCAAAAGCAAUGGCUAAUUUGGACGAUGGUAACAUGACUCAAUUUGUACUUACCACUGGCGAUAAUAUUUACUACACGGGCGUUGAUGGUGUAGACGAUAAACGUUUUCAGGUAACGUACAGCUACUCUCAUGUUAAAGCCGAAAUGAGUGGUACAUGGAAGAAAACAUUCGAGAAUGUCUACAGAAGCCCAGGACUUGAUAAACCGUGGUACUUCGUUGCUGGUAACCAUGAUCAUUUUGGCAACAUCACCGCACAAAUUAUGUAUACUUACAAAAGUGACAAAUGGACUUUUCCUGCGCCAUUUUAUACCAUUUCUUAUGAAUUUGGUCCGCAGAAGACACGCGUAGAUAUCAUUGCGAUAGAUACAAUUAACUUAUGCGGCAAUACCGUAGAUUUGGAACAUGCCGGCUUCUUCGGGUUCUUCAAGAUGCUAUUUUCGAAAACGAACACAGAUCCUCACCAGCCGAAAAAUGUUACAUUGGCUGAACAUUACCUUCAAUGGAUUGAACACCAAUUGAACAGCUCAAAAGCUGAUUAUUUGUUCGUUGUUGGGCACUAUCCGAUAUACAGUGCAAGCUCUCAUGGAUCUUCUAGUUGCUUGAUAAAGAAACUAAAUCCAUUGUUACAGAAGUACAACGUAACAAGCUAUUUCUCCGGCCAUGACCAUAACCUUCAGGCUAGUUUUUUUUUGUUUCAGCUACAACACUUCACUUCCAGAAUUCUUUUACACAUCCUUCUGGGAAACAAAGAGAAUUCCGGAAACGGCACGAAAUGUCAAAUACAUUAUGUCGUAUCGGGCGCAGGAUCACGAAGCGACAGUUCAAUGAAAAACAAACAUCAACUGCCCGAUACCGCUUCGCUCCUUGCUAAGGGAGUGUUACCGUUCUCGCAACUCGGUUUCGCCAAAGGAGGAUUUGUAGUAGUCCGCCUAUACCGUAAUAGAGGAUUUUUCGAUUUUUACGAAGGAAACGGUGCGCUGCAAAGGUCGUUUCGGGUAAAUCGUCGCUACAAGCCAAAUUAA